UUUAGGUGCUGUAGGCAGGGUAGUGGGAGCAGCCGCUGCUUUUGCAGAAGCACAGGGUGGAUGUUUCCCUGCCCUGGGCACUGGAAUAUGGCUGAAUUGGGCACGAGGCUCUGGCUGCUCCAGGUGACCCUCUGGCUGCUGGCUCUGCUCACAGGUGGGACCUCAGCAGACGAGACCAACACCGGGAACAGCACAGGUGGCAGGUGUCCCCCGGUGUACCAGAACCUGCGCUACGUGGCCGUCAAGAAGAACAUGCCCAUCUACCUCAUCUGCUACUCCCAGGAGCCGCAGAUCAUGCAGUGGUACAAGACAGCAGAGGACAGGGAUGACCUCUCUGUGCUGGAUCAGAACAUGCCUGGCUACAGCAUCGAGAGGACGAACGUUUCCAUCAACCUCACCCUCUUCAGGACCAGCUACAAGGACAGCGGGAUCUACGUGUGCGACAGGAAGGGUGUGGUGAAGAAGGAGCAGCUGCACUCGUGUGGGACAGAGCUCCGGGUCAUGGGUACCACCAGCAUCAAGCAGAUCCAGAACAGGAACACUCUGAAAGACGCCAUCAUCAUCAUCCAGUCCAUCAUGCUCGUCAUCUUCAUCAGCAUCCCCAUCCUCCUCUUCCACGACAAGGGUGAAGAGAAGAAAAGCCCAGAGGAGGACCACACCUAUGAGGGGCUGGAGGUGGAGCAGAUGGCCACCUACGAGGACAUCACUCCUUUCCGGGACGUGAAGGCCAAGUGGGCGGUGGGGGAGCACCCAGGUGAAGAGUGAGGGGUCCUGCAGCCUCUGCCAGGCCCUGCCAGCCCCCGUGGGGACGGAUCCCCUGGAGCUGCCUGGAUCCUGGAUCCUGGAUGCUGGGCUGCAUUCCCGAGCUGCAAACACCUGCACAGCCCAGCUCAGGGCUGGGAGCCUGCUGCCCUCGGGUGUUCACACCCAGGCUGUGUCACCGAGGCUGUCCCUGUCCCCACCCCACAGACCAACCCCUAAAGCCUCUGUAGAAAUUAGGAGCCACCUGUGAUCCCCCAGUAGCAAACUGGUCCCACAGCCUGGGCAGCCCCACGCCCAGCACUGAGCUCCAGCCUGGUCAGUGCCAUGGAAGGACUGGGAAUGAGGGCUCUGCUCCAACCCCACCGCCCUGGGAAGGACAGGACCGGGCACUGCGAGGACACUGCCAAUAGCACCACGUGGGUGUUGUGAGAAGCAGAACUGGGGCCGCUCUUCAGCUGUCAAAGCUGUGUCCACAGGCCCAGCUGGCAGAGGUCUGAGGUAGAGGAUCCCCCAAAAGCAACUCUUUUUCUCCAAAGACUAUGGAAAAGCUGGGGAGAAAGGUCUCACCCAAAGGCUUGCUGCUCUCCAGACAAGAGCUGGCCCCUGUCACAAGGUCAUCCCCAUGGGGAGGGACAUGCCUGACCUCAGAACAUCUGGGAAAGUUGUAAAUUGUGGGUCACAAACCUCCAACUGCUUUGGAAACUCUAAUAAAGGUAAUGGGUAAAUCCUCA